AUGAAAUGCCAAAAGGGUAAAUACAGCAUGUUCAUUCUCCUUGGUGAUUACUUGACCGUUAAGCCAAAUACUAUACAGAUAUGCAGAUAUAAUAUGUUAGCAUAGUUGCAGAGUACAAUGUGUCAUUUUAUCUGUUACAGUGUAUAGUUCGUCUUUGCAAGUGGCAUUCUGCAAUCUGGCAGUUUAUCAAAUUCCCUUCCAGAGAAUGGAGACAAAUCCUAGAGGAAUCGAUCUGUUCUUCCAGGCACAACCUGCCUUUUAGCCGCCAUCUCGCGGCAUUGCAGCCUCCUCCCUUCUCUCUUUGUCAGGAUUGUUCACUGUUGCCGCUCCUCGCUGACAUGACACUAAUAGGCUACGGCAGAACAUCUCAAAUUUACUGGCUCCGGUGCCAACGAACACAAGCCUGCCACCUACUUCCGUGAGGUUUGAGGCUUGGGAGACGAGGAACUAGACAGGAUGAAGUCCAAGACGAAUAGGGGCAUACAGAAGGCAGGAAGAGGAGAUCAUCUCCAAGGAGGAGGACCAAACUGGAUUCUUGUUGUGGGAGGAGUUUUGCUAAGCACUCUGUCCGUCAAACUUGGAUGCAAAUUAAAGCAAAUGUUUGAUAUGAAGCAGCAGAAUAGCUUUUCCAAAGCCGAAAGUAGGCCUGGAGGAUGUGAAUUGCACUCAAACCUAUGCAGGUUUCGUGGCCAAACUAGCUGCUACUAUUGUAUUUCAGGGCAUUCAGAUGGUGCAGUGGAAGUCAAGCAUCCACCUGCAAGUCCUUCAUCAAAAUCAGCUGAACCCUCACUUCCACUUGUGAAGAUACCAGUGCAAGAAUCAAGCAAGGACAAUAGUGGCGUCAUGUGGAUAUCAUUACCUGACCGCCUUGAAGAUCCUCGUAAACCAUUUCAGUACUCAAACAGUUCUGGCUCUCCACGUGUUUCAGAGUCAGGAUCUGACAUUUAUAGCAAGAGAGAGGUCAUACAGAAGCUGAGGCAGCACCUGAAGAGACGUGAUGAGAUGAUCAUGGAGAUUCAAGCUCAGAUUGCUGGCCUUAAGAACUCUCUUGCCAUCCAGGAGACACAGUCGUCCAAUUUGCAGUCUCAGCUGGAGUCUGCUAACCGAGAUAUAUUUGAAUCCGAGCGGGAGAUCCAGUAUCUGAGGAAGAUCAUCACGGACCAUUGUAUUGGCGAAGCACUCUCUCACGGUAAACCAUUGCAUGUUGGACACUGGCAGUCAGAUGCCACCAAUGGCCAUGCUAAUGGCUACGCCAAUAGCAGCGUCGAUGACCACGAGCUGCAUUUUAUUGGUAUUGGGAAGAAGAGAGAAGAGUUGGAGAGGAUGGAGAUGCUCAAGAGGGAGGUGGGUGAGCUGAAGGAAGUUAUCGGAGGGAAAGAUUUCGUGCUUGGCAGCUACAAGGAGCAGAAGGUGGAACUCUGCUCUCAGAUCAGGGAAUUGCAGGAAAAACUCUCCUCGCAUGUGCCGAACAUAUUGUAGGAUCUACUGGUAAAGGAGCAGCAGCUGUAGCCCAUGUUCCCAUGCGGUCUUGCACCACUGAUUUGCAGGAAAACCUGCCGGUGCACAGGCCGAACAUCCUAGGAUAUUUGCAGAAUGUUAGGUUGAUUGGUUUCUUUCUUUCUUCUCGGCAGUAUUGUUAGGUUGGUUUGCAUCAGUUUCCGCCCUUGGUUGCUUGGAAUUACAACGUUUUUUCCCCCUCAGUUGCUGGACCUAGGGUAGCUAAAUUAAUGGGAAGUUGACACUCCAGACUUAUGGUGCUGUACAUUUUUUUUUUUGCAGGCACGUCUGUGUGAUGUUUAGAGAAAUAUCCUUUCCUUUCUAA